UUGAGGCCUAAAAACGAGGACAGGCUGACAUAGAGAUCCAGACAGACAGUACAGAGAUAAGAAUGACGGAGUCGAAAUUCUAGGCAACAGGUACCGAUCAAGCUGUUAGUAACUGUGAUACUUCCUUCCUGUUUCACACUGUUUGAUAACUGGCAGAAGAUCAAUAAUGUCAAUUGUGACUGUGCAGCUUGGGCAAUGUGGAAAUCAGAUUGGACUCUCGUUUUUCCAGACCCUUAUGUCCGACAUUGUUGGCAGUAAAGUAAAUCAUAAUCCAGAUUAUAAAGAUGAAUGUCUAGAGAGGUUCUUCCAUCAAUCACCUGAUAAUAGAUCCUCAAAGACUUCACCCUCAGCCAGGGCUGUCAUGGUUGAUAUGGAAAGCAAAGUCAUCCAGAACACUGUUGCUACUGCCAAGCAGUCGGCUACCUGGCAGUAUCCAGCCAAGCAGCAGUUCUGCAGGAAGCGCGGGGCAGGAAAUAAUUGGGCAGAUGGCUUCUACGGUCACGGAUCUGCUGUCGAGGAACAAGUUCUUGAGAUGGUCCAGCGGGAGGUGGAGAAGUGCGACAGGUUUGGUGGCUUCUUGAGUUUGAUGAGUGUAGCCGGUGGUACGGGAUCUGGUGUAGGUACACGCAUCACGCAAUGUCUGAAAGACCGUUAUCCACAAGCCUUGCUGGUGAACCAACUGGUGUGGCCACAUUGCAGUGGGGAGGUCAUCCUGCAGAACUACAAUGCUGUCUUGUCACUGGCUCAUCUUUAUGAAUGUGCUGAUGCCAUCAACAUCAUCCACAAUGACCACAUGCGGAAGAUCUGCUCCAGCUUCAGCAGCACCGGAAACUCAAGCAGUGGGGUAUCAUUCACCGAUAUGAAUCGACUCAUUGCAGAGCAUAUGGCAUUAUGGCUCCAACCUAGCCGCUGCACUGGCAGAUCAUCUACACUGUGUGACCUGAUGGAAACUCUAGUUUCACACCCGGACUAUAAGCUACUAACUAUGUAUUGUGUUCCACAGAUCUCGGAAGCAUCCCUUCCAUUCAGUACAUUUGCUUGGCCUGGUCUUAUGAAACGUCUCCAUCAAAUGGUUGUCAAUGCAUCAGUCAUGGAAGAAGGUCUCAACUGGCAAGUGAAACCUGGUUCAGAACAGAGCAACAAGUGCAUCAGCAAUUACCUCAUCCUCCGAGGAAAGGACUCCAAUACGGUUGAUGUAUCUCAGUUAAAGAACAGUGCCCUCUAUAUUGACUGGAUCCCUCCAGAUUAUACCUUCACAUGUUCCCAUCAGUCAAGACAGUAUAGAGGAUAUGAGAAAUCAGCAUGUCUGAUGAGCAAUGGAAAGACUCCGGUUGGAAGCUUGGACAUGAUUGUAAGGAAAGCAUGGGAUAUGUUUGCCAUGAGGGCCUAUGUUCAUUGGUAUGUCAGGCAUGGCAUGGAAGAAGAAAAAUUCAUUGACUGCUUUGCAAGCUUGGAGCAAGUUCUCGAUAACUACAAGCAGCUAUGAAGCAAGUUCGAAGCUCACCAAAAUUAUCAGUUUUGAGUGCCUUUUUGAAAAAAAAUAAUAAGUUGAGUACUCUAUGGUCAAAAUGAAUGUUAUAUCUGGGUAGUAUUCUGUUUGUUUUUAUUUUAUCUCACUUUAAUUGUCAUAGUCAUCAGAAAUGAGGUACACCAUAAGCCAUUUCACAGUUAGCUCAUGAUCAACAUUUUCUCAAAUGACCUUCCCACUGUUCAUUAGGAUGAGCACUUACACACUUUCAAAUGAAGAUGUUGCAUAAGCUUUCCUGAUAUGCAUCCAUAAGUAUUCAUAAUCUAAAAAAAAAGAAAGAUGAGGCAUAUAGAACAAGUGACUAGAAAAAUAUGUCAAUGAUCAAGUUUUGAAAUAAAAAAUUGUAUUAUCCGCUUUUAGCACUAUUUUAGGCUACUGGUACUGUCAAUAGCAAUGAUAUUGAACACUUUGUUACUCUUCAGCUUUGAUGUAAU